AUGGGGAAUAACGGGGAGCUAAUUUAUGGCUGCAGAGAUGACCAGGACUCUGUCUCCGACUGGAACGAGCUUGCUCGUCAAUUAAAACCUUUCUUUUUCCCUUCCAAUGGGCUGGUCAGCGGGCCGCACUGUACGAGGACAAUUGUUAAAGAACUCAUCCAUGUUAUCACUAUGGCGCUGCUGAGUAGCACUGAUGCCUGCAGGGCAGGUGACAUGAAGACAGUUCCCAUUUCACAAGGAAGAAGCUACUGUGAAGCAAGUGCUUUUAAUAAGGAGCUAGUAAGAAACGGUAAACAUAAAUUGGAAAGCUCUGGCUUACCAAGGGGUUGUCUCCUUUAUAAAACCCUUCAGGCUCAGAUGCUUGACAUGCUGGACAUUGAAGGACUUUAUCCUUUGUACAGUAGAGUUGAACAGUACCUGGAGGAGUUUCCUGAAGAGAGAAGUACGUUACAGAUAGAUGGACCUUACAACGAGGCGUUUUAUGAGAAGCUGCUGGAUCUUUCUACCGAAGACGAUGGGACGGUAGCUUUUGCGUUAACAAAGGUGCAGCAGUACAGAAUAGCCAUGACUGCUAAAGACUGCUCCAUCAUGAUUGCCCUGUCGCCCUGCCUACAAGACGAAUGCUCGGAGCAAAGACCUGUGGUACUAACGUCCAAGUCAAGGUUCACCUUUUCAGUUUCUGUCCUGGACCUUGAUCUAAAACCGUAUGAAAGCAUUCCCCAUCAGUACAAACUGGAUGGCAAGGUAGUAAACUAUUAUUUGAAGAAUGUACAGGCCAAAGAUGACCCAGUGAUGUCCAACCUCUUCACGGAGAACGAAGACUGCACAUUAGUCUUCCAUAAAGUGUAACUGUCUCCGUAAGGCUAUUUUUAUUGGAACACAUUAGAAAGAGAAAGAUUAAUGGGAUACAACUAUGGUAAUUUUUGUUUUCUACCGUGUUAAGUGCAUUUUCCAGCUGUGAAUGUUCUUGCUUUACGAUUUCUGAUUGGUAUGCCUUUUCAGAGACAUGGAAUAGCACUAAACCACGCGUUAGCUGUAUAACCUUAAUGAAUGUACUUAAUAUGACAGAGCAGGUAACGUGCCAUACCUUGGAACUAGAGGACAGAUCAAAUUAAUACUAAAAGUCUACUUCUUAGAACUGAAAGAGCACAGAAUUAAAGGUUUCCUGAAGUAUUGCACUAACAUAGAGAGCCUCGUUACUAAC